AACUGAAGUGGAAGCAGGCGUUUAGAGGUCCGUGGUGACGUCACUGCUCCACAUUGAGGCUGUAGUAGAGUCAGUGGAGAUAGAGAGAGGAGCGCCGUAGUAAAGUACACACCGACAUGAACUUCUCCCUGUGAAACUUCACCGUUGUUACUGCGAAAGUCGGGAGAGGACGAGUUUACACUAUUUUUUCUCCCCCACCUUUCUCUCCACGAACGGAAAUUGCUCUUUAUUCGUUUUUUUUUUUUUUAAAGGGAGAUCGGACGACAAAAACAGGACAAGAAGACACAUUUUUUCUUCUUUGGGUUUCUUUUCUUAGGGGGGUUGACGACUAGCGCUAUGUCGUCCGCGGCGGUCGCUGCUUCUUCCAGGAGGCAAUCGUGUUAUUUAUGCGACUUGCCCCGCAUGCCGUGGGCUAUGAUCUGGGAUUUUACCGAGCCCGUCUGCAGGGGAUGUGUCAACUAUGAAGGAGCAGACCGCAUUGAGUUUGUCAUCGAGACGGCAAGGCAGCUCAAGAGGGCUCACGGGUUUCAGGAGGGCAGAUCUCCCGGGCCGGGGAAGUCGCAGCUCUCCGGGAAAGAGAUCCAGGCUAUCAACCACGCAGCGGCGGGAGACCCCGGUUCCCGACCGCCACAGCCGCUGGAUCGCUACCCGCUCUCCUCCGAUCGCCCUCCCAGGCUGGGUCCAGAGUAUCAGUCUGGCAGGCAGGCGAACGGCAUCCCCGUCCCCAAUGGAUUUCCUAAGCCCGACGAGCCGCCAGAGCUGAACCGCCAGAGCCCCAACCCGCGCAGGAAUAGCACGGUCCCCCCGAAUCUAGUGCCUUUGGUUAACGGGAGCAUGCCCCCGGUGCACGCCGUCAACGGGAGACCGGGCCAGAUGGGGCUUCCCUCCGCACUGGCGGGCGGUAGUCCCGCCGACCUGGGCAAGAGACCAGCCUCGGUCUCGAGCACCGAGCACGACAGAGAGGUGAAGGAGAAGCACAGACCGGACAGUCUCACGCCGGAGAUCUCCGAGAGCCACAAAAACAGAGCAGACCCAGACUGGAUGAGCAAGGGUAAAACGGUGAGGGACCUGAUGGCUCUGCACACUUUCGACAACAGGUUCAAGAAGGACCAUGCGGCCAUGCAACAAAGGGUUAUGGGAUAUGAGGCCAGCGCCACGGCUUCCAAGUCAGACAGAGGAAAACACCCCCGGAGCAUGAAGAGAAAAGCGUCUCCUGAACCAGAGGGAGAGGGGACAGCUGCCAAGCUCAAUGGAGAAGGACAGCAGUGGUUACCACCACCUACUGACGGACUCAAAAUGCCACCAGUUCCCCCGCCAAGCUUCGCCUCUCCCCCUUCCACAAUAUCCCCCCACUCCCGCACCACCCCACCUGAAGCAGCCCAGAAUGGCCAGUCCCCUAUGGCGGCACUCAUCAUGGCGGCAGACAAUGCAGGUGGGAACAGCUCUCCCAAGGACGCCACCAACCAAGUCCACUCUACCACCCGGAGGAACAGCAGCAGCCCCCUGUCGCCGUCCUCCAUGAAUCAGAGGAGGCUCGCACAGAGAGAUGCAUCUGGUGCAGGCACCCCCCACGUGCCAGGCAUGGACCAAGUGCACCCCCAAAGCAUUCCGGACUCCUCGGUACCUGGCAGCAUACCCCUGUGCUGCACGCUGUGCCACGAGCGUUUGGAGGACACACACUUUGUUCAGUGCCCGUCUGUGCCCUCUCACAAGUUCUGCUUCCCGUGCUCGAGGGAAAGCAUAAAGCAGCAAGGUGCUACGGGUGAAGUGUACUGUCCAAGUGGAGAGAAAUGUCCCCUGGUUGGCUCGAACGUACCGUGGGCUUUCAUGCAAGGAGAAAUCGCCACCAUCCUUGCAGGAGAUGUCAAAGUAAAAAAGGAGAGGGACCCUUGAUUUUAUUGAAAACUUCUUUGGGGAGGGGAAGCAAAAAUAUGAGUAUAAAUAUAUAAAUAUCACAUACAUACCAUUCAAACAAACUAACGGACUUGUACAUAUUGGACCCAAGGGAAGAGUAUACUUCGUAAACAUGGUUGUAAAAUUUUUGAUUUUUGAAUACAUUGUGUUUCUAUAUUUUUGAAGAUAAAGGUAUGUACUCAUUAUAA